AUGGAAGGCGUCCUGUGUUACGUAUAUUAUAGUAUAAAUGCACACCGGAUUUAUCUCUAUAUCAAAGAAAACAUGUCUAAACAAGAAAGAAAUAGAGGUUAUGAUGAUCCCUAUGAACCAUCAAUCAGUAGUGGACAUCGCAGGUCUAAACCAUAUGAGAAAAAACGGUCGGAGUCGGAGCAUUAUAGAAGAGGAUCAGUAAAACAUUAUUGCGUAGACGAUUAUGCAGUUCCAUCUACGUCCAAACAUGAGCCAAUGGAAGAUGUAUCAGGUAUCAAAACUGAAAUAAAAACUGAAAUGGAAAGUGAAGUGAAAAAUGAAGGGGCUGAAUCAGCACAGACGACAACACAAACACGUUCUCGACGUAAGAUGGAAUCUACUUUUGUUAGUAGACCCAGUACUUUAGUCUCUAAAAAAGGUAAAUCUGGUACAUCUAUAAUGCUUAGUUCAAAUCACUUCAGACUACCUACAGUACCCAAUUGGUGUGUGUAUCAGUAUAGGGUAGAUUUUGAACCCGAAGAAAGUCGAACAUUUAUUCGCAAAGGCAUGCUUAAACUCCAUAAAGAUAAAGUCGGUCCAUAUAUCUUUGAUGGUACUAUCCUGUUUUCAAGUACACGUUUACCAGAUAAAAUCGAGCUGAUGUCAGUAAGGAAAUCGGACAAUACACCCUUUAAAAUAAUUAUAUAUUUAGUUGGAAGAAUGAUGCCUGAGGAUCCACAUUAUAUAACUAUUUUUAACAUAAUAAUGAGGAAACAAUUGGAACAUUUAAAUUUACAAUUGGUGGGCCGCGACUAUUAUGAUGCCCAUAAUAAACUUAGUGUACAUCAAUUUCGAUUGGAAUUAUGGCCCGGCUAUAUUACAUCCAUUAGACAACACGAACGCGACAUUUUAUUAAACGCUGAAAUAACGCAUAAAGUAAUGCGUCAAGAAACAUUAUAUCAUAUAUUAAUGGAUUGCUACAGACGUAGUGAUAAUUAUAGAACAGAAUUCUGUAAUAGUGUAAUUGGAAUUAUGGUACUUACGGACUACAACAAUCACACUUAUCGAAUUGAAGACGUAGAUUUCGAAACUAAUCCUUCUUCGACAUUUCCGAUGAAAGAUGGACAACAUAUAUCAUAUCAGGAGUAUUAUAAAAUUAAAUAUAAAAUAAAUAUUUCAAGUGCCUCGCAACCUAUGCUAGUAACAAGAACCAAACCAAGAAUGCGAAAUGCCGGACAAGGAGACCUUGUAUAUUUGGUUCCUGAAUUGUGCCGUGCUACAGGUUUAACUGAUAGUAUGCGGGAAAACUUUCAUUUAAUGAAAGCAUUAGCGGUACAUACCUGCAUCUCACCUACCUCCCGUAUAGACAAACUUAUGCGGUUUAAUAAUAGACUUCGCCAGGAACCAAAAGUCUUACAAGAAUUUAAAGAUUGGAAUAUGUCAUUAGACAAGAAUUUGUUAGAGUUUCCUGGUAGGCUACUAAACUCUGAAAGACUUUUAUUUGCUGAUAAUAGAUAUAUAAACAGUUUAAAUGGAGAUUGGACGAGAGACAUGCAAAAAACACGUAUGUUGAAAUCUACAGCGUUGAGACGUUGGAUAGUACUUGUGACUGAGCGAGACAUGCACAUUGUACAUAAAUUUAUAGAAACGCUACUGUUAGUGUCACAUGGAAUAGCAUUCAGAGUUGAUCAGCCGCGAAUACAGGCCAUACGUGACGAUAAGGCAGGCACAUACGCCGAAAACCUUGAAUAUAUUUUGAGCAAAAAUGCGCCAGAUUUAAUAUUCUGCGUAGUGAGCAAUAAUCGUAGCGAUCGGUAUGCAGCUAUAAAAAAAAAAUGUUGCUUAGACAGACCUGUGCCGUCACAAGUUUUUUUACAAAAAAAUUUGAAUGGUAGAAACACCAUGACUAUUGCUACGAAGGUAGCAAUACAAAUGAACUGUAAAUUAGGCGGAGCACCUUGGACUAUCGAGAACCCAUUGAAAGGAUUAAUGGUCAUUGGGUUUGACAUAUGCCAUGACGCAAAUACUAAAGGCAAAGAUUUUCUGACUAUGGUGGCAACUGUGGACCAAACGCUGACACAAUAUUUUAGCUCUAUUGCUUUAUUUCAUAGCAACGAAGAUCUCGGUGACCAACUUUGCGCAAGUGUAAGGAAAGCUAUCAUGGCUUAUAAAGAAAGAAAUAAGGCUUUUCCUGUACAUCUUGUAAUUUAUCGAGAUGAUGUUAGUGAAGGUCAACUCAGACAAGUUUACGAAAAUGAAGUGCAAAAAUUAGAAAAAGCGCUUGAAAAAUUGUAUUAUGGUCCGAAUUUUAAGCUGAUUUUUAUUAUUGUAACUAAAAAAAUUAACGUUCGGCUGUUCGAUAUGAGAGGUCGUAACGCUAAUCCACGUACCGGAACAAUAGUAGAUGACGUAAUCACCAAUCCGCUAAGAUACGAUUUUUUUAUUGUGUCGCAACAAAUUAGGCAAGGUACAAUUUCACCCACUUCAUAUAAUGUGAUUUUUGAUAAUACUGGACUGGAAGUAGAUAUAGUUCAAGUUGUUACAUAUAAACUGACCCACAUGUACUAUAAUUGUUCAACUACUGUCAGAGUACCAGCGCCCUGUCAUUAUGCGCACAAAUUAUCGUUCUUAGUGGGACGAUUUCUACAUCAACCUCCAAGUUCACAGUUGGAGAAACAGCUAUUUUUCUUGUAA